GCCGAAGAUACAUCGCGGCUGCAGGAGCUUUUGAAGUGGAAGCUACGCGGUAUCCCCAAGAACCAUGUGCCAGAUAUCCGACUCAGCGAUAUCCUGCACUGCACACCACGUACACGUCUCCCUCACAUCCCAGCGGAUCUCGACCUCGCGUUCUUCUUCCGCAACCGCGGGACUAUCGACUCCUUCAACUGCGUGCCGCUAAAAGAAGAGCUUGGGCAGGGUGAAGAUGUGACGAGGGCGGUGUGGUUUUAUCGGUUGGACAGUGUGAGGCAGUUUCAAAGGUGGCAUGAUGGUGUAAGAUGGAACGUUGCGCUCUUCACCGCACUGCUGGCGUCUUCCACGCUCCCCUUCCCCCUCUCCCUUCCUCAGAAACAUAACCAGAAUCAGGUGACGCUGAGUCCUGCGGCGGUGCGGUUCAUGACACUCUACCUCUCCGCCGUCCUUGAACACCAUUCAACACCCUCCACUUCCCCUUCCUUCGCAGUAAGAGAGGCGUUCGUCCGCGUAUGGCGCACCAGCAAUUUUGACUUGUUCAUGGUGCAUAAGAGUUGGGCGAAGAAAGCGCUGCAGCGGGAGAUGAAGCGGCUGAGUAAAGAGUGGGAGAAAGAGUUGGAUACCGCGAGAGGGGAGAUGGGGAGGCAGGAGUAUGACGAGAAAGUCGCAUCAUUUGUGGGGAGUUUGAUCCCUGGGCACGCGCAGCAGGAUCUGCCGCCAAUGGAAUGGGCAAAAGGAGGGGGUGGCAGUAGCGAAGAUGGCAGGGAGGGAGAUGAGGAUAUCGUGAUGCAGGGUAGAGAGGGGAAUGAACUAUUGGAUGCGUUGAGGGGACCUUAUCCGAACGUAGGGCAAGACAAAGGCGAUGGACGGACGACGAUGAAGGACGAGGAGGGAGCGAUGGUGUGCGAUUUACGGACUGCAAUCAGUUGUGUGCAGAGCGUGAGGCCGGGAGAUAUGUUGCCGGUGCUGAUUCGGCUU